AAGGUAAACCUCUUUCAAGUUCAAUUGACUCCUUCUUAAACCCUACCUCCGUUACCGUUCACCGACUGAGAAACACGCGUCGAGGCAAAUGGAUUCAGCGACCGGAGCAACGGUGGCGGAGGAGGAGCAACACCUAACUGAAUGGCGUCUGCACCGUGGCCCCUAUCUCGGAGACAUCUCAGCUCUCUGUUUUCUCCACCUUCCCAAUCACCCUCUUCCUUUCCUCCUCGCCGGAUUGGGUUCGGAAAUUCUGUUGUACGAUUUAGAACUCGGAAAGGUCAUCAGAUCCUUCUCUGUAUUCGAAGGGGUUCGUGUUCACGGAAUCACUUCCAGUAGCUUCCAACAAGAGGCACCUGCACCUGUAACUGUAAUUGCUGUGUUUGGUGAAACGAGAGUCAAACUAUUUAGCUUCGAAUUUGACAAUGGCAAUCCACAGUUGAAGCUGGUUCAUUUGUUGCCAAAGUUUGGUCACUGGGUUUUAGAUGUUUGCUUCCUCAAGGGUUGUUUACCUCAUUCCAAUGUGGAGAGUCAUUUUCUUGCUGUAGGAUGCAGCGACAAUUCGGUUCACGUUUGGGACAUCCCUAACUCUAAUACUGUUCUUAAGGUUCAAUCUCCAGUGCGGUGUCUUCUGUACUCGAUGCGGUUAUGGGGUCACAAUCUUGAAGUUCUUCGUAUUGCAUCUGGUACAAUAUUUAAUGAGAUUGUUGUUUGGAAAGUGGCCCCUCAGCGUGAUAAAUCUUCAAGAACUCAAGAAGACCAUGAUCAUCAGAGCAUUUCAUCCUCCAAUUUCAGCCUACUAAAAGAUAAACAGUAUGAGGCUGUUCAUGUAUGGAAGCUUAUUGGACAUGAAGGUUCAAUCUUCCGACUAGCAUGGUCAUCUUGUGGAUCUAAACUGGUCUCUGUCUCUGAUGACCGUAGUGCACGUGUCUGGACUUUUCAAAUUGAAGGGGAAGAUUCAUUGUGCCAUGAUCCCAUUGCCCUUGUCUUAUUUGGACAUAAUGCUCGAGUUUGGGACUGCUGUAUUUCUGAUUACUUUAUUGUUACUGUCAGUGAGGAUUGUACAUGCCGUAUAUGGGGAGUUGAUGGUGAGCAGCUGCAAGUCAUUAAGGAGCACAUAGGAAGGGGUAUAUGGAGAUGUUUGUACGAACCAAACUCGUCACUUCUUAUAACUGCUGGGUUUGACUCUGCUAUUAAAGUGCAUAGGCCUCAUGCUUCUUUGUCCAGGGGCUUGGCAGCAGCACAAGGGUUUCCUGGCAGAACAGAGAUGUUUUCCAUUGGCAUCCCUAAUGUGGUAGAACAUAUUGGAUUAAUGGACAGCAAGAGUGAAUAUGUUCGUUGUUUGCGUUUUUCCUGUCAGGAUUCUCUUUAUGUUGCUACCAACCAUGGUUAUCUCUACCAUGCUAAAUUAUGUGACACUGGAGGGGCUCAGUGGAAUCAACUUGUCCAGGUCAGCAACAGGACACCUAUUAUCUGUAUGGAUUUAUUGUCCAAGGACUCAUUUAAACUGGAUUAUGGUGCUGAGGAUUGGAUUGCAAUUGGAGAUGGUAAAGGAAAUAUGACAGUUCUUGGAGUUUCUAACGAUGGUUGUACUCCUUCAGUUAGAUUGAGCUUUACUUGGAAAGCUGAAAUAGAGAGACAGCUACUGGGUACAUAUUGGUGCAAAUCUCUGGGAUGUAGGUAUAUCUUCACAGCUGAUCCUAGAGGAAGGUUGAAACUCUGGAGGUUGCCUGACCCUUCAGAAUCUGAUCUUGAGAGCUUCAUGAGGUGUAACAGUGUAUCACAAAUAGCAGAGUUCAUAUCGAGUUAUGGAAUGCGGAUAAUGUGUUUGGAUAUAUGCUUGGAGGAAGAGGUCCUAGCCUGUGGAGAUGUACGUGGUAAUAUGCUUAUAUUCCCUUUGCUAAAGGAUCUGGUGCUGGGCACAUCUGUUGCACCAGAAAUGAAAAUACCUCCAGUAAAUCAUUUCAAAGGAGUUCAUGGAAUUUCAAGCGUCUCCAGUAUUUUUGUGACUAGGAUUGGUUACAAUCAAAUUGAGAUAUGCUCUACUGGCGCGGAUGGUUGUAUAUGCUAUCUGGAAUAUGAUCGAGAAAUGCAGAAUUUGCAAUUUACAGGGAUGAAACAAGUGAAAGAGUUGACUUUGAUUGAAUAUGUUUCUAUGGAUAACGCUCUUGAUACAUUAUCAGGCAGCUAUGCAGCUGGUUUUGCAUCUGUAGAUUUCAUAAUAUGGAAUUUAGUUAAUGAGAACAUGGUGGUGAAAAUUCCAUGCGGUGGAUGGCGGCGUCCUCAUUCCUAUUAUCUAGGUGAUGUCCCAGAGAUGAAGAACUGCUUUGCCUAUGUCAAGGAUGAAAUGAUACAUAUACAUAGACACUGGCUUCAUGAUAGAGAUAAGAAGAUAUACCCUCAGAGUUUGCAUAUGCAAUUCCAUGGUAGAGAGAUACAUUCCUUGUGCUUUAUUUCUGAAGAUAUGCUUCUUAGAGAUAAUUACAAGCAUGCCUUAGUUUCCAAAUCAAGUUGGAUUGCAACUGGAUGUGAAGAUGGAACUGUGAGGUUGACAUGGUACUCCUCUGGUAUUGAAAAUUGGUCCAUGUCAAAAUUACUUGGUGAGCAUGUUGGAGGAUCAGCUGUAAGAUCAAUUUGUUGUGUGUCAAAACUACACACGUUUUCAUCAGAUACAACUGAUGUACCUAAUGGGCGGAGUGAAGUGAAUGCUGCUGAUAAGGACAAAGAUAGUCCGACCUUACUGAUAUCAGUGGGUGCAAAGCGUGUCAUAACUUCUUGGCUACUAAAAACUACGAGUCGGGACAGUAAAAAUGAUUUCCUAACUGAUCAUCAGUAUAAUUCUAAAGGAGUCGAUGAUAAAUUUGUUUCAAGUUUGUCUUCAUCAAUGACAUUCCAGUGGCUUUCCACAGACAUGCCAGCCAAAUAUUCAACUACAUACAAAUAUCCAGAAAAUAAUGUGAAGAAAGUAGUUGGUGUUGCCGAAAAUGUUUCUAAUACAAAAACUGAUGCUGAACCUGGAUCAUUGGUUCCGGAUAGGGAAAUGAUGAACUCGACCAGAGAUAAGCAUGAGGAUGACUGGAGAUAUCUUGCAGUCACUGCUUUUCUUGUUAAAUGUGCUGGUUCCAGGAUAUCUGUCUGUUUUGUUGUCGUUGCUUGUUCAGAUGCUACACUUAUGUUGCGGGCUUUAAUUUUGCCCUUUCGCUUAUGGUUUGACAUUGCAUUACUUGUUCCUCUACCGGCACCUGUUUUAUCAUUGCAGCAUAUCAUCUUUCCCAUAUGUAGGGCUUAUAAAGAGAAAAUCCAAGUUGGAAAUGUAUAUAUUGCAAUUAGUGGAUCUACCGAUGGGAGUAUUACUUUCUGGGACCUGACUCACAAUGUUGAAGCUUUUAUGCAGUGGGUUUCAGUUUGUGAUGUAGAGAAGUUCUUUGAUUGUCAAAAACGACCCCGCACUGGAAGAGGAAGUCAGGGUGGUAGAUGGUGGAGAUCUUUUAGCAGUGGCUUGUCAAAGAAAAGACCAGAUAGUAUUCUGGUCACUUCCAAACCCAAAGAGGAUAUCGAUAGCAUUAGUGAGGCUCCACAUGGGACAUCUUCAGUGCCAAAUGUUUCUGAAGCCAUGCAUCCAGAUCCCGAGUUAGAAUUUAAGACUGAUAAUUCGUGCAUGGAAACAUGUGAAAUACAGCCUCUAAGCCUGUUGCGAAAUAUUCACCAAUCUGGUGUCAACUGUCUCCAUGUUUCAGAGAUAAAGGGUUGCCAAAGUACCCAUAGUUGUCAAGUUUACAGCGUAGUUAGUGGGGGUGAUGAUCAAGCACUUCAUCAUCUCGUAGUUGAAUUAUCACCUAAAUCAAUAAACCUAGAUAAUGGGAUUUUGGCCCCAGAUAUCACACAUUUGGUCUCUGUACCUGAAUCUAGAAAGAGCAUCCAUUUCCAAAAUCAGAGCAAGAAUUAUGAGAUCAAAUUCUUAAAUUCUGAAAAUUUUCCCUCAGCCCAUAGCGCUUCUGUGAAAGGUGUCUGGACAGAUGGAUCUUGGGUGUUUUCGACAGGGCUUGAUCAGCGGGUCAGAUGCUGGAACCUUCACCAGCGUAAACUUAUUGAACAUGCACAUCUGAUAGUUAGUGUGCCAGAGCCAGAAGCGUUAUCUGCUAGGGCUUGUGGCAGGAACCAUUAUCAGAUUGCAGUUGCUGGAAGAGGGAUGCAAAUAGUUGACUUUUCAGGAUCCUGACACAAAACUGAUGACUGGUGUGAAAAUGAAGUAAUUGUUAAAUUUUUUUUUUCUUUCUUUCUCUAGAAUAAUUUAUGGAGGUGCAGUUUCCCCAACAUCAUUCAGAUAAUCUAGGCUGUCUAUGGUUGAUCCAUGUGUGGUGUAGUUGUACAUCUACCAAUGUAAUGUUGGGAAUCUACGAUGUGCAAUUUGAUUUGAUAUGAUUCAGUGCAACUUGUAUUAAUUAUUUUAAAAUAAUGUUACAAAAUAUCGUGCUUGUCACAAUCUUGUUGAAUCUCUAACAAAUAAAUGGCAGCAAGUUGUGUUUAUAAUAAGCUGUGCUAACUUAUACCAAUAAA